UUAACAAAGAUUAAUAAUUACUUAAUAAUUGAAAACAAAGCAAAAAGAAAACCCAUCUACCAAAUAAAAAAACUUUAAUAUCCGUAAUAUAACCAUGUAAUAAAGGAGAAAAUCCAAUGUCGGUAACCUGUAUUCCCUGCUCGAUAAUUGGAUUUUGAUUCACUACCCAAAUUUAGAGAAGCACCCAAAGAAGUGCCGGCCAUUUCAGUUUCCCGAAACAAAACAAAGCGGGAAAAGGGGGAAAAAAAAUGAGAAUGAAAUGGAAGUCAUGGUCUCUGAACAAGCAUCAUCACUUGCUUGUAAAGUUUGCAGUUGCCAUAUUCUUAGUGGGUCUUGCUUUUAGGCUCUUCGUUGCUCGUUCUAAAGGAUUUGCAUCUGAUUCAGAAUCCCCUGUGUUAGAGGAAGAGCAUGUUCAAAAGCCAGACUUGAAACCUCCCCCUGUUGAAAUACCUGACAAUGAAGAUCAGGUACCUCUAGAUAUUGUUACAGAAAAGUGUGAUCUCUUUACAGGGGAUUGGAUUCCCAAUCCCUCAGGGCCGACUUACACCAACAAGAGCUGCCCCUUGAUAGAAGGUCAUCAAAAUUGUAUGAGGAAUGGCCGCCCUGAUUCUGGAUAUCUAUACUGGAAGUGGAAGCCGCAUGACUGUCAGUUAUCUCAAUUUAAUGCAAAGAGAUUUCUUAAGUUGAUGAGAAAUAAAGCAUGGGCUUUGAUUGGUGAUUCCAUAUCUCGCAACCAUGUGCAGUCAUUGCUUUGCAUGCUUUCAACAGUUGAACGACCUGUUGAAGUUUACCAUGAUGAGGAGUACAAAUCAAAGAGAUGGCACUUCCCGUCAUACAAUUUCACAAUAUCAAAUAUUUGGUCUCCUUUUCUUGUAAAGGCUGCUAUUUUUGAAGAUAACAACGGUGUUUCUACAGCUGAAGUUCAGCUGCAUCUGGACAAACUUGAUAAGACAUGGACAGAUGUCUACCAGAGCUUAGAUUACAUGAUAAUCUCGACUGGAAAAUGGUUUCUCAAGGCUGCAAUCUACCAUGAGAAUGACACCUUAGUUGGCUGCCAUAUAUGUCCAGGAAAAAACCUGACAGAAUUAGGAUUUGUCUAUGCUUACAACAAAACCCUCCACUAUGUUAUGGACUUCAUUGCUGCAUCAAAGCAUAAGGGUUUGAUCUUUUUUAGGACGUCCACGCCAGAUCACUUUGAGAAUGGGGAAUGGCAUAAUGGAGGGACUUGUCCGAAGAUAACACCAGCUAAAGAAGGAGAGAUUGAAUUAAAGGACUUGAACAAAAUUCUACGUAACAUUGAAUUGGAAGAGUUUGAGAAAGCAUCAGCAAAAGCUGCUGAUAAUGAGGUGAAUCUUAAGCUUCUUGACUUCACAAAUCUCUUAUUAUCGAGGCCUGAUGGACACCCAGGUCCAUACCGUCAGUUUCAGCCGUUUGCAGAGAACAAAACAGCAGUCGUUCAGAAUGACUGUCUACAUUGGUGUUUACCUGGACCAAUGGACUUUUGGAAUGAUGUGAUCAUGGAGAUGGUGGUUAAUGGUUGAUUAAAAAAAAAAAUCUCCUGAGAUUUGUUGGAGGUUGGUUUGUCUUAGAGAUUUUGACAAAUUGCGAACCUGAGGUGAUGCUUUUUCAUAGCUAUUAGAUGAACCAUGGCAUUUUACCUUAUUGAAUGUUAGUGGUUCCUCUGUUUUCGUCCGCUGAUUCUUUCACCUUUCUCUGGAUCAUACAAGGAUUAAUAGAUAGGAACAGAAUUCAUGAAUAGAAAUAGUAAUACUUGUUUGUAAUCCAUGCAUUAGCAAUAGUAACUUUCGAUUCUUAAAAUUCAAUGAUUGACUGUUGCUGUAUACAUAAUUUGAGAACUUGUACUCGUUGCAUUAGCCUGGACAAUCUCCACGUUCAUUGAAAACGAAUCAAAUUGUCCAAAAACUUUGGCUAAUUUUUUGUCCCAGAAUUCUACAUUUUCAACCUCAAAUCUGCAUUUCACAAACCAGGGAUUAGGUGGUCUCUUAUUACUUCCUUAAUGGAGGCUCUUUCUGGGGAUUGUUCAUAAUAAGCCAAACAAUCCCUUUCAAUGGUCAAAAUAUUUUAAACCUGGACACACCGCCUCUCUUAUGAAUUCGAAAAAUCAGACCGUUGCGCCGCCCCCUCACCCCCCGCUCUUCCUCUCAACUAGCCCAUUCAUAUCUCAAGAAACCCUUUGUCUCUCAUUUUUCUUCACAUAAAGCUUAGAUGAGGCAUAGUUAUUUGCC